CAUGACAACACUAGCAAGAGAGAUACUGCAGGCUGGAUUUGCAUUAUAUCCGAACACUGGUGGUGGCACCAUGACAGUGUUUAAAAACUGUACUGUGGUGUUAGAUGUGAAAAAUGUGCCUUUUAAAGAAAAGAAUAAACUGAGAUUAGCUCUUCUGGAGAAUGGAGGAAACAUCUCAUAUGUCAUCAACAAAGAGUGCUCUUUUGUAGUCACUAGCAGUGUGAAUGACCUGAGCAGUAACCGGCAGCGCAGCAUCCAGAAGCUGCAGAUCCCAGUGGUCGGGACGCAGUAUGUGUGGAGCUGUUUGGACCAAGGGCAUCUCCUGCCUUUGACGGAGCAUAAUUUGACCCCACAGCUGCCAUAUCCCACCUCUGAAUUCCUCCCUCCUUCAGAGGUAAAAGUGUCAACACACAUACUAGGAAAAGAGACGUUCAGAGGUCACCCUGAACUCCCAAAGACUGAAGCUGAGAUUCUUGAGAAGGGUGGACCCUGUCCUGGCAGGUUCAGAGUUUACAAAGAAGGCGACCAUGACCUGCCUGAAUUUCCUUCAUAUUUUCAAGUGGCCAAGUAUUCAGUUUUUGAGAGGGUCAAACCCAAGACUUUGUCUGUUCUGGAGCUGCAGAGUGCCAAAGGCCGAGCAGGCCAGCAGUAUCGUGUGUUGCGUUCAGUCUUGCGUGAAGCUGAGACCGCAGUGGUUCAGGACAAGCUUGUGUUCUGCGUGACGUCUGAAGAUGCUGUGGAAGCAUAUCUGCAGCUGAUGAAGCAGAUGGAGACAGAGGAAUUCACAAAGACACACACUCUUCCCCCUGAGGUUGAGCGCUUGGCAUCCUAUAGCCUCCAGCAGCUGCUAUUGGAGGAGAAACUGAACUGCAGCACAUUGUCACAGGAAGUUGGUGUCUUUGUGGAGCUGGUUUGGACUGAAGCUCUCGGUUCCCUUAAUAACAUCCUGACAGUCCCUGUCUCCAGAAUCAGCCUCAAUGAUGUGAGCAGGGUGGAGGGAUUGUUACUGCAGGCACAAAAGACGGAGAAAGAGGAUGAAGUCAAAGCCCUGCUGGAGGAGGUCAACACUCUUCUGCCCCUCAGAAUGAUCGACCCUCCUUCCAAAGACAAGCUUGUGUCUCAGAAACUAGACCUUUGUCAGCUGAUCAGAGAUAUUAUAAAUGUCAGCGAGGCCACUCUGGGAAGCCCCUCACCCUCGUCUCUGGGAAAGUAUCGAGCUCUGAGGUGCAGCAUUGAGGUUGUUCCACCACAAAACCCUGAGUUUCAUGUUGUCUCUCAACUGCUAAAGGACAGGCCUGUUCAGAUUCAGCAGAUACUGCGUGUCAGCAGAGGGAUGGAGCUUCAGUUGUUUAAGGAGGAUUUAGGUAACAUUAAACCCCUCCUCCACUCCACUAGUUCCAGCAGUUUUGUUGGAAUACUGUCACGAGGUCUGCUGCUGCCUAGGGUUGGAGUCGAACAGCAUGGAAUUGAGAGAACGGAUAUCGGGAAUCUUGGAGGAGGAAUCUACUUGAGUGACUCUCUGAAGACUAGUGUAAAAUACUCCAAGCCCAGUUUGACUGACGGCUCUCGGCUGCUGUUGGUAUGUGAAGUGGCUUUGGGUCGGUGUAAGGACCUGCUGAAGAAAGACACCACUUUGACUUGUGCUCCUGACGGCUACCACAGUGUACAUGGAGUCCAACGCACUCCCAACAGACUCUCUGAAUUUGAGGAUGAUGAGUUUGUCGUCUAUAACACAGAGCAGAUCAGACUGAAGUAUGUGGUGCAGUACAGUCUGGAGGGAGACAAAUUAAAAGAGUUCCAGCCUCAAAUCAACACUCAGCUCACACAGCUCACGGACACAACACCUGAUAUCUUGUCCAGUGAUGACAGUGAGGGUUUGGAGUCCACUAAGAAUCCUCUGGAGGAGAUGAACGCAGGUUUGUUGGACAGCAGUGGUCAGAAACUUCCUCUACAUGCUGUCAAUGUGAGGUGUAAGCUGAUGGACCUGCUGUGUCAGGUCAUCAUUUUCCAGACCUACACAAACCAGAGUGCUGUUCCCAUUGAAGCAAAGUAUGUCUUUCCACUGGAGGAGACGGCAGCAGUGUGUGGAUUUGAAGCCUUUAUCAAUGGAAAACAUGUCAUUGGAAAGGUAAAGGAAAAAGAGCAGGCUCGUAAGGAGUACAAGCAAGCCAUAGAGAAAGGUCAUGGAGCCUACCUGAUGGACCAGGAUGCACCUGAUGUAUUUACUAUCAGUGUGGGGAAUCUUCCUCCUGGAGCCACAGUUUUGAUCAAGGUGACGUUCAUCACUGAGCUGGUGGUCAGAUCAGGCUCUAUAGUCUUCUUACUGUCUGGCAGCGUGGCACCAUGGCAACAGAGAGCCACCCUUAAUCAGACAACUCAGGCCACUGUUGAAAAGAUUGGAGUGACGGAGCUUCAGUCAGAGGGGGAGUUUUCUCUGUCUAUGUCCAUUGAAAUGCCUUAUGAGAUCAUCAACUUGAGCUCUUCACACCGCAUCAAAACCAAGAGGACAGACUGUAAGGCAGUGAUCAGCACGUUACCGGGACAGACUCUGGGAUCUGAAGGAUUACAGGUGUCCUUCAGUCUUUCUAAUAUCCACAUGCCCAGGAUGUGGGUCGAGAACCAUCCGGAUAAAGAUAGUCAGGCCUGCAUGCUGGUGUUUUAUCCAGACUUUAAGUCAAGUGGGGUGUUCAGCUCUGGAGGUCCGUCCAGUGUGAGCGAUGUGGUCAUUCUUCUGGACUCCUCCAAGUCCAUGCAGGGAGAUGCCAUGCUGAACGCUCGCAGGAUUGCCCUUCAAGUCCUCAAAUCUCUGGACCGCUCACUGAAGAUCAACAUCAUCUCUUUCAGCACUGAUUACAAGGAAGCUUUUCCUGCACCAGUGCCUUUAGAUGAGGCAUCUGAAUCAGCCAGAAAAUUUAUUAUGUCAUGUGGCGGCUCUGGUGGCAGCACUGAUCUGUGGCGGCCUCUCCGGAGCCUGAGUCUGCUGCCUCCCUGCCGGGGAGUGAGGAACAUCCUGCUGCUAUCUGAUGGACAUGUUCAGAACCAGCCUCUGACCCUACAGCUGGUCCGAGAAAACUCCUGCCACACACGCCUCUUCACCUGCGGACACAGCUUGACAGCUAAUCGUCAUAUGCUCAGAGCUUUGGCUCAGGCAGGUGGAGGAAUAUAUGAAUUUUUUGACACAAAGAUGAAACACACUUGGGCAGAAAAGGUGCGCGCUCAGGUUCAGCGUAUGGAGUCUCCAGGCUGCAGAUCAGUGGCAGUGAAGUGGCAGCAGUUUAAUCCCACAGUGCCGCUUCCUGUUCAAGCCCCCUCACAGCUUCACGCUCUCUUCAGUGACUGUCACACUCUCGUAUACGGAUUUGUGCCAUACUGCACUCAGGCCACACUGUUUGGUGAUUUGAGUGGACAAGAGAUCAAAACAAUGGUGUCCACCACAGAACUACAAAAGACAAAGGGAACUUUCCUUCACAAGUUAACAGCAAGAGCGAUCAUCAGAGACUAUGAAGAUGGCAUUCUAGCUAACAGUGAGGCAGAACAUGAGGGGAAGAAAGCAGAGCUAAAGUCCUACAUCAUUGAGCUCAGUAAAGAGUUCUCCAUCUUAUCCCAGUUUACAAGCUUUGUCGCCAUUGAAGAGAGGGAGCAGAAUGAGCUUGACACUGGAUUCACAGAUAUUCCAAAAAUCAUAUCAGAGGAGGAUGUGGAUAUUUUGCCAUAUAUGGGCUCGACUGAAGAGAAGCUGAAGUCUGUGCAUAUUAGUAGUGCUGAAGAUGAUGAUACGGAAUCAGAGGGAUGGCGCAGUAGCUCCACAUCUGAAGAUCUCCUGGGUUCUGCUUGUGUAGCAGCUGAUUUUGAUGAUGAUUUAGAGGAUGAAUAUGAAAAUAAGUUUAGAAAAAAAACAUCUGCAGCUCGCUCUUCUCCUCCUCCUAGCUCCAGUAGCUCCUGGCAUCCUUCACGUUUUGAAGGUAGCACUAAUGCUUUCAGAGGCUAUCUGAAAAAAUUGUCUGCUCCCAGGCCUGAAGCAGCUCGUCGAUAUGAAAUACCAGUGGAAGUUCUCUGCAAGGCUAGCAGGCUUCCUCCUCCUCCUAAUUGUGGUGCCUCCAUGAGUGACAGGCUUCCCCCUCCAGCUGCCUCCCAGGUUACCGCCUGUAUGCCUCCUCCUCCUGCUCAUCCUCCUCCUCCUCCUCCUCAUCCACGUGGUGGUGCCUCCAUGAGUGACAGGCUUCCCCCUCCAUCUGCCUCCCAGGUUACCACCUGUAUGCCUCCUCCUCCCUCGGUGGAAUCUCUCUCCAAUAUUCGCCGGAUUUUACCUCCUUCUGCUGAUGCCAUGAUGUCUAGAACUGGCCUCUUGAUCAAAAGGCGUCCCGCUCCCCCUCCCCCCCCGCUUUCCUCAUAUGAGCCUCCUUCCUCUGAUCUUCUUAGUUUUGAAUCAGUUGAUUUCAUAGAAGACGGCCUUGAUUCCCUUACAAAAAUGUCUCCAAUAUUUUGCCCCACGAGUCCAAUUGUUUCCUCUGCCACAGAGUUUGCCACUGAGCUUUAUGCUUCAACUCCUCCUGUCUGUGCAGAUCCUCCUCAUCCUCCUCGUCUUGCAUCUCAGCAGUUCAUGUCCAUGACUCCAAGCCCCGCUCCCCCUCCUGCUAUUUCUCGCAGGGUGGGCGCAUCUUUUUGCGGGAGGAGCAGGGCUGGUGGCUCCAUUGCCUUUGCUCCACCUGCAGUGUCUGCACCACCCUCUCCCGCUGCGUCUGGUGGCUUUGGUGGUUCCUUCAGAAGUAAGAAUAAGCGUUUUGGUUUUGGUUCCUCAGCCCCUGGAGCACAGCGAAAGGAACGGAAACAACUACUCAUCCAAAAAGUGGAAAAACCAAUAAGCAGACGAGACAAAGUGGCCUGGAAUGAGCUGUUUGAGCUUCAGCAUGAGGAUGGAUACUGGGAGUGCACUGACAGGCUGAGCAGCUUCCUUAACCUGGACGUAGACUUUUUUGCAAAUGUCUUCCUUCAAGAGAAAGGCAUCUGUUCCUUAGGUGUGAAGGCUCAUGCUGAAAUUCUGAGGCUGAUGGCGACUCUGCUGGUGCUGCAGCUGAUCCGGGUGAAGAAGCUGGAAGUGGGACAGCUGCUCGAGUCUCUCCUCCGACUAAAAGAGUCCCAGGAGCCCAGGUACCAGCACACGUCCUCAUGCGGUGUAAUGAUUGACUCUUGUGUUUUUGUAUCCAUGACUAUCUGCUCUUCUCCAUUCAGACCGAUGUACUGGGAGGCAGUGAAGAGGGCCGUGGACUGGGCCUGCCGGACAGACAGACAGUAUCCGUGUGUGUGCAGCAGGCUGGAGAUCGGCCGGGAUUGGGAAUCAUCUACACGUCAACUACUGGGCUGUGAUUCUCCACACCCAUAUUCCCCACUCAAACCUGUUCUAGAGAGACGUAUGGACAUAUUUGUCACGUAGAAACUUUUUGCUAGCCUUUUUCUCCCAAGACUAGAUCAAUGACUUGUAAUCAAAUGUCGCUGUGAUUUUUAGUGAAUGUAUGAACUAAUUUCUUCUCAAGUUCACACAGAUUUCCUAGCAGAGCAACAAACAGCCGUAGUUCAUCACAUUAACUAUGAUUAUGAUGCA